AUGGAGGAGGAGGGCAAGAAGGGCAAGAAGCCUGGCCUCGUGUCGCCCUUCAAGCGGGUCUUCCUCAAAGGGGAGAAGCACCGGGACAAGAAGGCCCACGAGAAGGUGACGGAGCGGCGGCCGCUGCAUACGGUGGUGCUGUCGCUGCCCGAGCGCGUGGAGCCUGACCGGCUGCUGAGCGACUACAUCGAGAAGGAGGUGAAGUACUUAGGUCAGUUAACGUCCAUUCCAGGGUACCUGAACCCGUCCAGUAGGACCGAGAUCCUGCACUUCAUAGACAACGCCAAGAGAGCCCACCUGCUGCCCGGACACCUGACGCCGGAGCACGACGCGGUCAUCAGCCUGUCGGCCUACAACGUGAAGCUGGCCUGGCGGGACGGCGAGGACACCAUCCUGCGGGUGCCCAUUCACGACAUCGCCGCCGUGUCCUACGUGCGGGACGACGCCUCGCACCUGGUGGUCCUGAAGACAGCCCAGGACCCCGGCAUCUCCCCCAGCCAGAGUCUGUGUGCAGAAAGUUCCAGAGGCCUCGCCACGGGCUCCCUGUCUGAGAGUGCAGUGGGGCCCGUGGAGGCCUGCUGCCUGGUGAUCCUGGCCGCUGAGAGCAAGGUGGCGGCGGAGGAGCUGUGCUCGCUGCUGGGGCAGGUGUUCCAGAUCGUGUACACCGAGUCCACCAUCGACUUCCUGGACAGAGCCAUAUUCGAUGGGGCCUCCACCCCCACGCACCACCUGUCCCUGCACAGCGAUGACUCCUCCACCAAAGUGGACCUGAAGGAGCCGUACGAGGCGGACGCCAGCAGCUUCUCCUUCCCCGAGUGCGUGCCCACCGCGCCCCACGCCAAGACGGUCAGCGAGAGCGAGCUGAGCGCCACGGCCGCCGAGCUGCUGCAGGACUACAUGCUCACGCUGCGCACCAAGCUGUCCUCGCAGGAGAUCCAGCAGUUCGCGGCGCUGCUGCACGAGUACCGGGACGGCGCCUCCGUGCACGAGUUCUGCAUCAACCUGCGGCGGCUCUACGGCGACAGCCGCAAGUUCCUGCUGCUGGGCCUGCGGCCCUUCAUCCCCGAGAAGGACAGCCAGCACUUCGAGAACUUCCUGGAGACCAUCGGCGUGAAGGACGGUCGCGGCAUCAUCACCGACAGCUUCGGGCGGUACCGGCGGGCCGUGAGCUCCACCUCCACCUCCACCUCCAACGGCAACCGCGUGGCCGGCAGCUCCGACGACCAGUCCGCGCCCUCGGAGGGCGACGAGUGGGACCGCAUGAUCUCCGACAUCAGCAACGACAUCGAGGCGCUGGGCUGCAGCCUGGACCCCGACUCGGCCUAG